UGGUGGACGUGGCUGGACGUGUGUGUUUUCCUUAAAAGAAAAGUGAACUAGUUAAUCGUUUUCACAUUAAACCAGUCCACCUGCAGGAGCACCUUACGGCCGAACAAGGGAUUAAUUGUACUGUGGACGGGUUGCCUCCCUUAACAAGCGUUGCAAGCCACGGGCGUAACGAGUGCUGUGGUGGAUUGGUUGCAACCCCCGUUUGUUCUUCAGGGAAACAGGGUUGUGGCUAUGUGUCUGUCUUCGGAUGGAAUAUUCGAUUAGAUUCGAUGCGAAACGGAGCACCGUCCAGCUUGCCAGUGCGUAAAUCUCGUCCCCGUGUUGGUGCAUUGUGUCAAAGUGUCCGAUCAGUGUGUACGGUGGUGUUUCCGUAAUCAAUAAAAACGGUAACAUCAAAGCUGCCGUGCGUGGGGUGUGUGAUUGUGCGCGAGUGUGUGUGUGUGCACAGUCCCCCAAUCGGUACGACUGUUGCCUUGUUGGGGAGGGAGUCUUUUGCUCCGUCGCUGUGUGUAAGCGAUUGGCAACAAAAACAAAGCCUACUACUCCGCGAGAGCUUGAAGACUAGCGACAAGAGAAACGUCCUUCGCGCAGAGUGACUGGCCGUCGUCCGCGUCGUCAUCGUUGUCGUCGCGUGGUCACAUCACUAGACCGUGUCAGUAUCAUUUGGACGUUCCAUUCGGAAGUGACCAUCCAACGUACCGUGGUUAUCCAAGUCGCAGUAUCUCGCAGGGCAUCGCACGACGCAGUGCAGCCGUUGUUCAAUUUCGCACCCAUAGUUGUGCUGUGGUGGUCCGAAGACAGGGAGCACACACAUCGGAAAGAAAUGUCCGAAACACCAAUGCCUGGAUCGGCAAAACCUGCCGGUGGCUCAACCCCAACCCUGGUCAGUGCACCUGCCAGUGUGGUGGCUGCCACUGCAGCGACCGUUGUGGUAAGCAGCGUGCCAAACAACAGCACCGGGGGCAAUCCGAACGGGUCCAGCACCUCGGUGGCUGCGGCAGCCUCUCAGGCGGAACCCGACAUGAAGGGUUGGCUGCUGAAGUGGACCAACUACCUGAAGGGAUACCAGAAACGGUGGUUCGUGCUGUCGAAAGGCGUGUUGUCCUAUUACAGGGCUGAACAUGGAGCCGGACCGUAUGCUGGGGGCAGAAGUGCCGCGGGCAAAUUAUCUAUAAGACGCCGCAGGAAAGGCCCCCGACCCGAGAGCAAAGGAACCAUGAUGCAAUGCUUAAGAGCCCCACGUUCUCCAACUAGAUUGGUACCCUCCUCCCUGCCAGACUCGAAUAGCAAUAGCAGCAAUGCGCUGAUGAAGAAGCAUAGCAAAAAGCUGAAAAAAAAUCAGGCCGAAAUGGCGCACACAUGUCGCGGUACGAUAUCGCUGCACGGUGCUCUCAUCCACACCGUCGAUUCCUGCACCUUCGUCAUCUCGAACGGUGGCACGCAGACAUUCCACAUCAAGGCCGCCAACGAGGUCGAACGGCAGUCCUGGGUGACGGCACUGGAGCUGGCCAAGGCGAAGGCAAUCCGGGCAAUGGAAAGCGAUGAGGAGGAGGAGGACAACACGGCCAACACGAUACCGAGCGAGGAGCUGAAUUUGGUCGUGCGGGAGCUGACGGUUAGAUUAGAAAAUUUGAAAACAUGUUACGACCUUAUCACCAAGCAUGGGACCGCUCUGCAGCGGGCUCUGUCCGAGCUGGAAACGGGCGACGAUCUGGCGAACAAGACGAAAAUUGUGAGCGAACGUGCGACACUGUUCAGAAUAUCGUCCAACGCAAUGAUCAAUGCAUGUUCGGAUUACCUACAAACAGCGCAGACCCAGGGCCACAAAUGGUCGAAAAUGUUGCAGCAUGAACGUGACCAAAAGCUACACCUCGAGGAGAUGGUCGAGCAGCUAGCGCGACAACAUUCACACCUGGAACAGGCCGCCACACGGCACAGGCCCAACGCAACCACAUCCGCAUCGGAUGACGAAGAUAACGAGUUCUACGAUGCGCAAGAGGAAGGUGGUUCCGUAACGCAGGAAGAUAGCUCAUUCAUACUAAAUAUACCGGUCACAACGCAUCACAACCAUCGGCGGAACUCGAACGACGCCACCGGAAGCUCAUCGGAAGGAGAAGAAGGAAACAGUGAAACGCAGCAAGUAUUAGUAGUCGCCGAGAAUCUAGACAAUAUGGAUGUGACGGAUAGGAUAUCUGUACAUAGUAGCCAAGCACUAACACCAACACUAUCGAAUCAAUCCAAAGUCGUCCGCAAACGGCGGACACGCGUGACCGAUAAGCCCAACUAUCCGCUCAACCUGUGGUCGAUCAUUAAGAACUGUAUCGGCAAGGAUCUGUCCAAGAUACCGAUGCCAGUCAACUUCAACGAACCCUUGUCGAUGUUGCAGAGAUUAACGGAGGAUUACGAGUAUGCGGAAAUUCUGGACAAAGCGGCACAGGCGAAGGAUACUUGCGAGCAGCUAGCUUACGUGACAGCAUUUACCGUGUCGAGCUACUCAACCACUAGCAAUCGUACUGGCAAACCGUUCAAUCCACUGCUGGGAGAAACGUACGAAUGUGAUCGCACCGAAGACCUCGGUUGGAGGUGUAUUAAUGAGCAGGUAUCUCAUCAUCCGCCGAUGGCUGCUCAAUACUGUGAGGGACGAGGCUGGCGAUGCUGGCAAGAGUUCACGAUGACCUCGAAAUUCCGCGGUAAGUACAUCCAGAUCGUACCGCUCGGGUAUACGCACGUGGAGUUUCCUGCCACCGGUAACAAGUACACCUGGCGCAAAGUGACCACGACCGUGCAUAACAUCAUCGUCGGCAAGCUGUGGGUUGAUAACCACGGUGAUAUGGAAAUCUUUGGCGAAGGCAGUGCGAAGGGAGUAAAGUGCCACCUAAAGUAUCUUCCGUACUCGUACUUUACGCGCGAUACGCAACGGCGUGUGAAGGGUGUUGUAAUGGAUAGCUCCAACCAGGUGAAAUGGGUAAUUAAUGGCACCUGGGAUACGAAGAUCGAAAUAGCACCCGUAACGUCGACGAGCGGUUCGAUGGAAAACCCGGUGUACAAGACGGGCAACUAUAAGACGGCCUGGACGCGCCGUAUGCCACCGCCGGAUAGUGACAAGUACUACAACUUCACCCUACUCGCCUGCCAACUGAACGAACCGGAACCAAUCGUAGCGCCCACGGAUUCGCGACUUCGGCCCGAUCAGCGACUAAUGGAGGACGGCAAAUGGAACGAAAGCAAUCAGGAGAAGUUACGGUUAGAGGAAUGUCAGCGUGCACGUCGCCGGCAACGUGAAGCUGAAGCGGAAACGGCUGCCGCCGAAGGGCGACCCUAUCCACCGUACGAACCGAUCUGGUUCGGCAAAGAAAAGGAAGAGGGUACGGAUCAGCUGGUGCACGUGUACAAGGGCACUUACUGGGAUUCGAAAGCCAAACAGGACUGGUCGAAAUGUCCGACUAUUUUCUAAAACACCCAUCUCGGGUGAUGAUCGAGGAAACAAUAUUGUGUGAAGUAAAAAAGUAAAACCCGUAAAAACGCUUUUCCUUGGCGUCGAAAAUUCCCAUCCAGGCUGUGGAAUUAAGUGCACUGUGCUAUAUGUGCGGGAGAACGUCCACUAGAAACUGGUAAAUGCUUAUUUCCGUGUUUCACUAAGCAAACAAAUGCUUUUUUCCUAAUGACCUAACGUCGGUGAUAGAGAGACAGAACGCGGGAGCACGCGAGCAGUAGUGGAAAAGCGUAACCGAAGCCGAGGUAAAUCAUGUAUCUUCUAAAACAACAAAAGUUAAUUUAACAAAAUACAAGGUUCUUAACAUGUUCGAAUAACUGGUUUGUGAGCGUGCAAUGUGAACGUGUGAACGGUUUUUAUACCAUCGCGUCCUAUCCGUGUUGCUACACUCCUAUGCAAUCCGUAUAGAGGCCCAUCUGCAGAGGGCAGUAAACAAACAUCUGCCAGCAUUUUUGUAUACCACACAGUUGGAAAGUAGGCAUAUUAGAACGCGGGGUGUAUAACAGGGCGUGUGGGGUAGAUGGGAAGUAAUCGCGUAAUGGUGAAGGGAAAACGGAUAAACUCAAAGGCGGAACGGAUUGUGGAAAAGUCCCGGGGAUGAACUAGAUGUGAGCUUCAAAGUUUUAAGUGCGCGCCUGUAUGGAACGGUGGUUAGUAACUAUAAACAGAUUCUCAUAAGCAAACCAAACAAAAUAGUGCUGUACAGGAAGCGAUAAAUGCGUAAUUAUCCACCACUAAUGAUAUCAUUAGCAACCCAAAAGAAAAAGAAGAAAAAAAUGUGGGAAAUGUGAGCUGUUACUAGUUGUUGUUUCAUGAAUAUAGGUGGACACUUCAAUGUUCUUUGUUCAGUUUAA